AGGAAUAGCGGCCCGCCCCUUUGACUGCGCUGCCUGCACCAAGCGUCGUUUCGGCGUUUCUCGUUCUCUCCCCACCCCCACCCUUUUCAUGCGUCCACACGACGGGACUCUUGAGGCUCUUGGCUGCGUUCGUCGUCUCCUCCACUUGCCAUUUUGACCCUCCCGUUCCUAUCUCCUCGCCUCCCCCCUACAUAAGCCCUUCUUUAAUCCGCCGCUGCUCGCUGUCACUGCCUCCGCCGGUGGAGGGUUAGGGUUUUUCGGAGCUCGACUUCGCACAAGAGCGGCACGCGGUCUGGUUCUAGACACGAGACGGGACGAACUGACCCCUCUCUUCUCUCUCGCUCUCUGAUGCGCAGCUAGGAUUCGGCUGAUCGAGCUAGGAUUUGGGAGAUCCAGGCUUAGGCUUUUCAGGGAGACGACGGGAUAGGGACGGGGAAAGGGGAGGGGUACAGCGCAACUCUACGCUGGUGUCUGCCUGCUUCUUGGGAGGAGGUGAGGCGGCAUGAGCUUCGGGAGUCUAUUUGACGGCGGCGCCGGUGGUGGCGGCGGCGGGAUGCAGUUCCCGUAUUCCGGCGGGUUCUCGUCCUCGCCGGCUCUAUCCCUCGGUCUGGACAACGCCGGCACCAUGGGCGGGCGGAUGCUUCCGUGUAGCGCGGGCGCGGACGGCGGGAUGGCGAGAGACGCGGACGCGGAGAACGACAGCAGGUCCGGGAGCGACCAUCUCGACGCCAUGUCCGGCGGCGGCGAGGACGAGGACGACGCCGAGCCCGGCAACCCCCGCAAGAGGAAGAAGCGCUACCACCGCCACACGCCGCAGCAGAUCCAGGAGCUCGAAGCGCUGUUCAAGGAGUGCCCUCACCCGGACGAGAAGCAGCGCGGCGAGCUGAGCAAGAGGCUGGGCCUCGACCCGCGCCAGGUCAAGUUCUGGUUCCAGAACCGUCGCACGCAGAUGAAGACGCAACUUGAGCGGCACGAGAACGCCCUGCUGAAGCAGGAGAAUGACAAGCUGCGCGCCGAGAGCAUGACGAUCCGAGAGGCCAUGCGCAGCCCGAUGUGCGGCAGCUGCGGGAGCCCCGCCAUGCUUGGGGAGGUGUCCCUGGAGGAGCAGCACCUGCGCAUCGAGAAUGCGCGGCUCAAGGAUGAACUCAACCGCGUCUACGCCCUUGCCACCAAGUUCCUCGGCAAGCCCAUGUCCAUCCUGUCAGGGCCCCAGCUGCAGCCACACCUGUCCCUGCCCAUGCCGAACUCGUCACUGGAGCUGGCAGUCGGGAGCCUUGGUGGCAUAGGGUCUAUGCCCUCUGCCACGAUGCCUGUUUCCAUGAGCGAGUUUGCUGGGGGGGUGUCUAGCCCGUUGGGCACGGUGAUCACACCAGCACGGGCAACUGGAUCUGCUCCACCGUCUAUUGUAGGCAUCGACAGGUCCAUGCUGUUGGAGCUUGCGAUCAGCGCAAUGGAUGAACUUGUCAAGAUGGCACAGAUGGACGAGCCUUUGUGGGUUUCGAGCCUGCCUGGCUCUCCCAACAAGGAGACGCUGAACUUUGAGGAGUAUGUCCACUCCUUUCUGCCGUGCAUCGGCAUGAAGCCUGUGGGCUUUGUGUCUGAGGCUUCUAGGGAGUCUGGCCUCGUCAUCAUCGACGACAGCGUUGCCCUUGUAGAGACCCUAAUGGAUGAGAGGAGGUGGUCCGACAUGUUCUCCUGCAUGAUUGCUAAGGCCACAAUCCUAGAGGAGGUGUCAACCGGCAUUGCAGGAAGCAGAAAUGGCGCAUUGCUGCUGAUGAAGGCUGAGCUACAGGUCCUCUCACCUUUAGUCCACAUCAGGGAGGUUACAUUUCUCAGGUUUUGCAAGCAACUGGCUGAGGGUGCAUGGGCAGUAGUGGAUGUGUCCAUUGAUGGAUUGGUGAGAGAUCAGAACUCUGCAACUACAUCCACCGCUGGAAAUGUGAAGUGCAGGAGGUUACCUUCUGGCUCUGUGAUGCAAGACACUCCCAAUGGCUACUGCAAGGUCACAUGGGUUGAGCAUACGGAAUACGAUGAGGCAUCAGUACACCAGCUCUAUAGGCCACUUCUCCGGUCUGGGCUGGCCUUUGGAGCCAGGCGGUGGCUUGCAACGCUGCAGCGCCAGUGUGAAUGCCUGGCCAUCCUCAUGUCCCCUGAUACAGUUUCAGCAAAUGACUCGUCAGUUAUAACUCAAGAGGGUAAGCGAAGCAUGCUGAAGCUGGCACGCCGGAUGACGGAGAACUUCUGUGCUGGGGUGAGCGCAUCAUCUGCACGUGAAUGGAGCAAGCUGGACGGUGCAGCAGGUAGCAUUGGGGAGGACGUGCGAGUCAUGGCACGGAAGAGCGUGAACGAGCCUGGGGAGCCCCCGGGCGUGGUGCUGAGCGCCGCCACGUCGGUGUGGGUGCCCGUGGCUCCGGAGAAGCUGUUCAACUUCCUACGUGAUGAGCAGCUGCGUGCAGAGUGGGACAUCCUUAGCAACGGAGGCCCUAUGCAGGAGAUGGCUAACAUUGCCAAGGGCCAGGAGCAUGGAAACUCGGUGUCCCUCCUCAGGGCCAGUGCCAUGAGUGCCAACCAGAGCAGCAUGUUGAUCCUCCAGGAGACUUGCACCGAUGCGUCAGGCUCGAUGGUUGUGUACGCUCCAGUGGACAUCCCGGCAAUGCAGCUCGUCAUGAAUGGCGGGGACUCCACCUACGUUGCUCUACUGCCGUCUGGGUUCGCCAUCCUGCCAGACGGUCCCAGCAUCGGUGCCGGGCACAAGACAGGCGGCUCGUUGCUCACCGUCGCGUUCCAGAUCCUCGUCAACAGCCAGCCGACCGCCAAGCUCACCGUGGAAUCAGUAGAGACCGUGAACAACCUCAUCUCCUGCACCAUCAAGAAGAUCAAGACGGCGCUGCAGGGCGACGCCUGAGCAUCACAGGGAUGGCUGUCGACGAUGAGCCUGAGUCAAGAACGAACCGCGCACUGGAAGAAACCUUUGCUAGGUGAUAAGGAUCCAGCUUUGACUACAGGUCCUUAGCACAAAGCAAUGGUGGUGGUUCGGGUAUUGACUCGGUCUCUACCGUCUGCUGUUCUCCUUGGAAACCGGCGGUUGGAUACAGUACCAUGCAUAUUGGACAUCGGUAGAUGGCUGAUCUUAUGAUCGCUCCAUCGUUUUAGGGAGUCAAACUUUGCGUUUUUGGCUGGCUCAUUGUUAUGUACUGUCCGUUCUCUGUUGUGAGGUGAGCUUAUGUAGUGUGCAAACUUGUUGCAAGCUCAGAAAUGUUGUGUUGAUAACUGGGGUGUCGUCCGUAUAGGUUAUGGUAGCACAAGUGUCUUGGCCCCAAACUGUCAGCCAAUAAUGUCUCUGAUAAAGUUGUUUAGGCUUGUGCUGAGACGUUUAAUUAUAUCAAUCAAAAUUUAUUCUGCAAUGUA